CGUUGAACGUGAAUAGUGCAAAACUGCACUUAUUUUGGGACGGAGUUAGUACAUAUAUAUACACAUUACACAUUGCAUACAUAAACAUACAACCACACUGCCCUCUAGCUAUACACAUGCCAUGAUGCCAAGAGCCAAUGAUCACCACCCAAAUCCUUCUAGCAAUAGCUCCCUAUGGCACAAACAGUCACAGCUGCACAAACACACACACACACACACAUAUCACCCAUUCAUCUACUCUAGCUAAUCUAAAGGCACUAGCAUAGUACUACAAUCAACCAGUAGUAGUAGCCCUCAUUUGCAUGUUUUUAUUUCGCCCACCAAUCCUUGGAAUGUUUUAGAUUCCCCCCUCUCACUCUCUCAUCAAGGAAUGAGCAUCCCCCAUUCUCCCCCAACCCCUCAUAUUUUCAGUUUCUCACUCUACCUUUCCCCUCCUCCCCUAGCUAACCCCUCUCUCUUUCUCUCUCUAAAGCUCCAAUCUUUCUACCUUUCUCUCUCUAAAAGCUGGAGUAGCUUAAUUUCUUUCUUUCUUUUUCUUUCUCAGCUGGGAUUGCACAGUGAAGCUAGGGAGAGGCUAUAGCUAUGGGGGUGAUGUAGCUGGGCAGUGAGGCUAGUGACAAUCUCUCUCUCACACACACACACACAAAAACACUUGUGUAUUUUUGGCAGAUGAUGUCCUGUCAAGGAAGCUGCAAUUGCAAGCCCAGAUGUUGGACGUGCACGCUCGCCCUCCCUAUUAAACCCGCCCUCCUCCGAUGCUCCCUCUCCUCCUCCCCCCUCGCCGCCGCCGCCGCCACCUUCUCCGGCAGCUCACCGUCGUUGUAGUAGCUCUGGUGGUGGUGGUGGUGACGACGACGGCUACGGCGGCGGCGACGGCAUGCUCCGGUCACUCCACUCCUCGUCGUCUUCUGACACGGAUAACAACAGCGGUGGCUGCAAGAACAAUGGCGGCGGCGGUGGCGAGGCCGCCGCCGCCGUUGAGGGUGGCGGUGAUCAGCGUGCCGUUGCGGCGGCGGCGCCGUCGACGCGGGACUUGCUGCUGGCGUGCGCGGACCUGCUGCAGAGGGGGGACCUGCCGGCGGCGAGGCGAGCGGCGGAGAUCGUCUUGGCGGCGGCGGCGUCGCCGCGGGGCGACGCGGCGGACCGCCUGGCGUACCACUUCGCCCGCGCGCUGGCGCUCCGGGUGGACGCCAAGGCCGGCCAUGGCCACGUCGUCGUCGGCGGCGGCGCGGCGCGGCCGGCGUCGUCCGGGGCGUACCUGGCGUUCAACCAGAUCGCGCCGUUCCUGCGUUUCGCGCACCUCACGGCGAACCAGGCCAUCCUCGAGGCCGUCGACGGCGCGCGCCGCGUCCACAUCCUCGACCUCGACGCCGUCCACGGCGUGCAGUGGCCGCCGCUGCUGCAGGCCAUCGCCGAGCGCGCGGACCCGGCGCUCGGCCCGCCCGAGGUCCGCGUCACCGGCGCCGGCGCCGACCGCGACACCCUCCUCCGCACCGGCAACCGCCUCCGCGCCUUCGCCCGCUCCAUCCACCUCCCCUUCCACUUCACCCCGCUCCUCCUCUCCUGCGCCACCACGGCGCCCCACCACGUCGCCGGCACGAGCACCGGCGCCGCCGCCGCCGCCUCGACCGCCGCCGCCGCCACUGGCCUCGAGUUUCACCCGGACGAGACGCUCGCCGUGAACUGCGUCAUGUUCUUGCACAACCUGGCCGGCCACGACGAGCUCGCCGCGUUCUUGAAGUGGGUGAAGGCCAUGUCGCCCGCCGUGGUGACCAUCGCCGAGAGGGAAGCAGGCGGCGGCGGCGGCGGCGGCGACCACAUCGACGACCUGCCGCGGCGGGUCGGGGUGGCCAUGGAUCACUACUCGGCGGUGUUCGAGGCGCUGGAGGCGACGGUGCCGCCGGGGAGCCGGGAGCGCCUCGCCGUGGAGCAGGAGGUGCUGGGCCGGGAGAUCGAGGCCGCGGUGGGGCCCUCCGGCGGCCGGUGGUGGCGCGGCAUCGAGCGGUGGGGCGGCGCCGCCCGCGCCGCGGGGUUCGCGGCGCGGCCGCUCAGCGCGUUCGCCGUGUCGCAGGCGCGGCUGCUGCUCCGGCUGCACUACCCGUCGGAGGGCUACCUCGUGCAGGAGGCGCGCGGCGCCUGCUUCCUCGGGUGGCAGACGCGCCCGCUGCUCUCCGUCUCAGCGUGGCAGCCGUCGUCGUCGUAGCCGGCGACGAAGACGACGAUGGCGACGGCGGCGGCGACCACGGGCUAGGGUUUGCCAAGCUCGAUUGAUCGAUCGAUCACUACUGCUCCCAUAUAUAAAUAGAGAAUAUAUAUAUAUAUAUUAUAUAUGAACAUUUGCAUAGAUGCAAUAAUAUUGGCUACUCGAUCUCUAGUUAGCAUGCAAGAUCUCAUGGAGGUUUUGGGAGGAUGUGAACUAGUUGGGUUUGCAAGGAGGAAGAAACCCUAACCCUAGCUAGCUGCUUCAUUAAUUGCUGUUAAAUCUUUGGUUGUUUUGCUUGCUUGGCUAGUUAAUCAAAAGCUGUUAAUUAAUUUCGAUCCUGCAAUGGGAUGGAGAGGAGGAUUUGAGAAAUGCAUCAUAGCUUAAUUAGCAUGAGGAUGGCAAUGGAGUUUGAAGUGAUCAAGAACAUGGUGAGAGGCUACUACUACGUACUAGUACCAAUUCCAUGUUUUUUCUCUUUUUUUUUCCAUUUUUUUUUGUUUCUGCAUGUCUCACUAGUUCCUGUUGGAGAUUUACAUAGUUCUAGGGAGAUUUUGUCUAUAUGUUGGACCUAAAUAUUGCACUACUAUUAAUAUAAUUUGUUAAUUUUGAUGUGA